UUUGAUCGAGUUUACCCCCGUAAGGGUCACAUUACGUGGAGCCACCCAUGUUAAAAGAAACGGUGUCGCCUUCAUGAAGAAAGCACCGUAAUGUAGAUAGAUCACAAGCGGUGUCUGAAGAGUAAAUUCUUCUUCCAUAAUGGCGGCUACAAUCUGGUCUUGUUUAAAUGCAGAAUAAGAAUUGUGGAAUCGUUCAAGUGACGGCCGUUGGAGGCGAGGAGCGAAGAUGGCGUCGAAUACCAAUACUUCACCAGCAGGAGCAACGCCUCUAUCGACAGAGGGUGAUGGACAGGAGAGUGAACAAACCGUUAUGACGGAGUUCGUCAUCGCUAUCACAGCAUUCUGUAGUCUGAUAUUCAUCUUCUGUGUGGCGUUCGUCUUCGUUUUCGCUUAUUGUAAACAUAUCCACCGAGAGGAAGAGGAAGACGAGGGAGAGUACAUCGGUGAUGAGGAGAGCUUACCUGGUUCAAGCCAACAAAGUUAUAACAAUUACCCACGAAAACACAUACGAGGGCAUCUUCAAGGUCAUCCACAAGGUCAUCAUCUAGGUCACCCUCAAAAUCAACUUCAAGGUCAUCACCUAGGUCAUGCCCAAGGUCAUCAUGAAGGGCAUAGGAAUCACGUGCUAAGCGUAUGGGACACUUAUCCAUUGUACUACGUGAGGGAGAAGUCGCUGGCGGAAAAGUUUUGGGAGUCGGAGGCGGUUCGGAAUCCGAGGCAUAUAGGACCGACAGUUAUAUAUUAACUAAUCACAAUUUACAGGGAUGCUCCAAACUGAAGAUAUUUAUAUCUAAAUAAUUAAAGUAAAAUUCACAAAGCAAAAUUAUGAAAAUUUUAUCAAAAUCGGAUAACAAAUAACAAAGUUAUUGAAUUUUAGAGAGUUGUAUUAUUCCUGUGACACAGCUCUCGGCAUGUCUUCAUGAAUAUUCAUUAGGUGGGCUGAUGAAUCAUCAGCCCACCAAAUGAACAUUCAUUAAGACAUGAUGAUGUCAUAUCCCCACAUGCUCUUUUGUAUUUUAUUAUAUGAAAUUAAUUUUAUUCAAACAAAUUUCUACCAAGAACUAGACAAUUGGCUUGUCAACUAAUUAAGUGCAUGUUUUUUUUUUCUUGUUGCAACUUUAUUUUCCUAAUAAUUGAGACAAAUCGUUAAAACAUUUAUGAAAAAAUGAAACUUAUUAUUUUGAUGAAAUUUUCAGCAUUUUGCUCUGUGAAUUUUAUUCUAUUUAUUUAGAUAUAAAUAUUUUCUGUCCGGAGCAUCCCUUUUAAGUGUAGAAUUUCGUCAACGGUAUUUGCUUCUGAGAAGCUUGUGUAUGAUGUAAUAGUCGGGUAUACCCGGAUAUACUGGCAGGUUUCAGUAUGAUGGUUCAAAAUUUAUUGCUUUGAACAGAGGGCUUGGGCAGUCUGCAGGCACAGACCCUUCACACUUUAUUUAAAAAGUGGGUUUCGAAAUCUAAAAACAAAGACAAAAACAAUUUCCAUUAUGGAAUGAAAUAUGAGAUACACUAUAAUACCAUUUAACCCUUUGUAGACGUAAAUUCAGCCGUCGGUUUGGUUCGAUAGACCAAAAGACCUAUAAGUAACAAAAUCAUACAACGCUGUUUACUAUAAUUAUGAACCUUACAGUAAUUGUUUAAACAGUUUAAACAAGACAAGUGUUUAAAUCUUUAGCAACAAAGUUUAAUUUUCAAUAUCUAAUCUUCAAGCAAUCAAACAUGAUUGUUUAAACGGUUAAACAAAUACUGUAAGGUUCAUAUAGUAAACAACGUUGUAUAAAAUCUUAAACAGCGUUUUUACUGUGAAGGUAGGCUUAUAUGCAUGCAUUGGUAGUACUCAAUGUCAUAUGUGAAUAUUUAGUAAAAAAAAGUACAAAUUUCCUUGCAAAAAAAUAAUAGUCAGCAUCGAGCAGGGGUGCAAGGAAGGGACUUUGACAGAAUCUUCGAGGUUAAUCGGUAUGCAUUAAGAGGGUGCACCGGUCAUUAUACAGUAUCAAAAUAUCCGAAGUUGGUCCAGCACACAUUGAUUUUAUUACAACAUAUUUGAUUGUUAAUGAAAUGCUGGUAGUGAUUUUUUUACCUGAUUUCUAAGAAAGCAUGAAUGCUUGUAAGCAAGCUACCAGACGACCCACGGCUUAAGGUCCUCUCUGAGGGACCUGGUAAUAAGUAAUGUAUUACCAAAGGGCGUUCACGCACCAAGUGGGAAUCGAACCCGGGUCACCGGAAUCCGAAACCCCCGCUCUACCAACUUAGCUAUAUGACUCAACUGACUAACAUUCUCUUUGGCGUAAUGUGCUACCUCUUAUUUUGACACCAUAGGUUUUAGUCCUCAAUAUAGGACACUACCUUGUAUCAGUUUGAACACCCCUGAUCCUAGUUUUUACAGUUUGGGAACGGAUUUCUUAGCCAGAUCUUGAUGCUUCCAGAUAAUAUUCCGUUUACAUCAUUUUUACUUGUAUAGCCAUGGAGAAGGAACGAAUUAAACCGUGAAAUUGUGUUUCACAAAUGCCUUCUAAUUUCUAUGACAAAUGAAGUUCAUUGUUAUUCACGGAAAUAUUGUAUUUAUGAUCGGGUAUUAUUGAGUGUAUGUAAAACUACAUAAGUACAUGGCCAUGGUUUGCGAGGGUCCUGGCCCGGGUGAUGAAGCACCCCCAAGAUUUUCCUGGAUGUGCCGCGUGUAUUAUUUUCCAUAUAUAGGUAGCAUCCCUGAAAUGCUGGAAGGUGUGAAAAAUGUAACCAAAAUGACCUUCAUUUUGUAGUAAAACCUUUUUCAUUUUUUCUUGGAACUAAAUCCACGAUUUCGCAAUGAUAUUUAUUUUCUUUUCAAAUUUACAUCAGCACCCCCAGUUAAAAAAAAAUAUUCCAAUGGUCCUGUGUAUAGAUUUAUGUGCAUCGAUAUACUUAAUUCAAUAUUUAAAAUAUAGCAAGUUUAAUUUGCAUAAACUGCGGCUGAAUAAUGAAGGGUGGAAAUGUGUGCACAGUAAAAACCGGGGUAAAAACGCAGUUAAAAGUUCUUAUACAACGCUGUUGGUUUAAACAAGUGAACAAAAUUUUAAACAACAAAGUUUAGAUUAUAACACUCAUAAUUCUAAAUAAAUUAAGCAAGGUUAAUUAAACUUCUAACUACUGUAAGGUUCAUGUGACAAAGAGCGUUGUACAAAAUUUCUAAGAGCGUUUUUGCUGUAUGGGUUCUUUAAGUGAAGUAAUGCAGCUUAAAUAGUUCUGCUUUGCAAUAUGUAUUAUUAUAUCUUAUAUGGUGUAAGAUGGGAUUAUUAAUGUUUGGGGAUAGUGAGUACGCCCAUGAUUUAUAUUAGUUUCAUUAGUUUCACUGUUAGGGGCGUAAUGGAAAAUCGAUUAAAUAGAAAUUGAUAAAGUAAUUGCUAUAAUGCAUUAAGCAAACACCUGAUUUACCUCUCUUCAUCCAAUGUAAGGCACAUUAGUUCAUACAAUGGUAAGAUGCGUUCAUUCGAGAUUCAUAUAGCGUCAUUUAUAUGGAACUGGCAUGCCCAUGCAUUUUAGAAGUUUUAAGAAGUAAUUAUAAGUGAUUUCAUAUACAUCAUCAUCAUCACCAUCAUCUUCAUCAUCAUCAUCACCAU